AGAGAUGGGGUGAACGGUUCUUUUGCAACUGGACUUUGACUGCAGGGCUGCCUCCAGUGCGGGAGUUUCAGCGACGCUUUUCCAGCACUGCGCUUGAGAAACCAGACCCCUUGCGGGGAGGAGGGCGGGAGUCACCUAAGGUGACGUUUGGAGAGAGAACAAAGAGGCAGCCCUAGUGUUUGGUUGUGCUAGUCUUUAACAACUGAGGAAGGAGUUUGGUGCUUGGAUAUCAGAGGCAUGAAUUACGCACGGUUCAUCACCGCAUCGAGCGCAGCAAGAAGGCCUUCUCCCAUCCGAAUUUUGAGUGAGAUAAUGCUGCGGUCACCGAAAUCAGUCAUCUCCUUGGCUGCGGGAUCACCAAAUCCGAACUUGUUUCCUUUUAAGACUGCUGUUAUCACCGCGGACGAUGGAAAGGUCAUCCAAUUUGAUGAAGAGAUAAUGAAGAAAGCACUUCAGUAUUCUCAAAGUGCUGGAAUCCCAGAGCUGUUGUCCUGGCUAAAACAGUUACAAUUAAGACUUCAUAAUCCUCCCACCCUCCAUCGCCUGUCGAGCCAAGAAGAAAUGGAUAUAUGUGUCACAACUGGCAGCCAAGAUGGUCUUUGUAAGGUGUUUGAAAUGCUCACUGAGAGUGGAGAUAAUGUCCUCCUAAAUGAACCUGUUUAUUCAGGAACACUUGAAGCUCUACAACCACUUGGCUGCAACAUUAUUAGUGUUCCCAGUGAUGAAUAUGGGAUUAUACCAGAGUCCCUCAAAGCAAUACUUUCCAAAUGGAGACCAGAAGAUUCAAAGAACCCCAGGAAAAACACCCCCAAAUUUCUUUAUACUGUCCCAAAUGGCAACAACCCUGCUGGAACCUCACUAACAAGUAACCACAAAAAGGAAAUCUAUGAGCUUGCAAGAAAAUAUGAUUUCCUCAUAAUAGAAGAUGAUCCGUACUAUUUUCUCCAGUUCAACAAGCCCUGGACACCGUCAUUUCUUUCCAUGGACACUGAUGGGCGAGUCAUCAGAUCUGACUCUUUUUCGAAGGUCCUGUCUGCUGGGUUGAGAAUAGGGUUUAUAUCUGGUCCAAAACCCUUGAUAGAGAGAAUUGUUUUACACACACAAGUCUCAACAUUGCACACCAGCACUUUUACACAGCUUAUGAUAUCCCAUCUUCUUCACCAAUGGGGAGAAGAGGGCUUCCUGGCUCAUGUAGACAGGGUUACUGAUUACUACAGGAAGCAGAAGGAUGCAAUACUGGCAGCUGCAGAUAAGUGGUUAAGUGGUUUGGCAGAGUGGCAUGUUCCUACUGCUGGAAUGUUUGUAUGGAUUAAAAUUAAGGGCAUUAAUGAUGCAAAAAAACUGAUUGAAGAAAAAGCCAUUAAGAAAGAGAUACUAAUGGUUCCUGGAAAUGCUUUCUACAUUGAUAACUCAGCUCCUUGCCCUUACUUCAGAGCAUCCUUCUCUUUGGCUUCUCCAGAACAAAUGGAUAUGGCCUUCCAGAGAUUAGCACAACUUAUAAAAGAAUCUAUAUGAAGACAUCAGACUCUUCGUAGUUCUCACAAAUUUUUUAGAUAAAUUAUCCCUGUGUUUUAGCAGCAAGAGAUGAUCGAUGGUGUUGGACCUAUAGACUGGGUUGCAUCAAACAUGUCGCACCUGUGGUGAUUUAACUGAACAACUUUUAAAGUGCCCUUAAAUCCACCAGAUUGCCAAAAUAUAUUUAUAAUCCAAAGUUUACCUUCUGAUAAACUUUCAACCUGCAAAAAAUUAUUUUUAUUGUGAAAUUCAUUGUAAAGGACUCUGCAGUUGCUCUGUAAUUUCCCAUAAAUUUUCUUUGAAACUAACAAUUACAGGAAAUUAUUUGGAAAAUGUAAGAAAAUAAGUUCAAGAUGGUACACAAUGUAAACUUUCUACUUUUUAAGAAAAUUUAAUGAAAACUUGCUGCAAAAAUUAUUGGAAUUUGAUAUCAUCAUAAAUGAUUUCAGUAAGAGUACCAUAGAUAUUAUGUUAUGCCAUAAAAAUCCAUUUAAAAUAAAAUUCUGAAAUUAAACAUACCUAAAGGCAUCAGACCUAUUAUUCUAAGUAAGAAGGAGAGAUUGGGACUUAGGAAAAUUUACUACAAUGCUUUUUCAUAAUACUACAGUGUACAAAAACAUAUUCUUAUCAGUUAUGUAAUUUGAGCCUACAUGGCCCCUUGAGGUAUUUAUGAUAUAAUUAUUUUGAUGAUUUUUUCUCACCUUUUAAGAGGUUUAUUUUUCCCAUUUGAUUACUAAAGUAAUAUCACUUAUUUUAAAAUUUUCAAACAAUUCAGGAAAUACAAGGAAUAGAGUAAAAACAUCCACUUUGUCUCCCUCUCCCCAUUAUAAUUGUCAUCAGCAUUUAUCCUUCGUCCUUUUAGAUAUUUUUCUAUGCAUAUGGAUGUCACAUGUACCAUAAAAGAAUAGGAUCUCAUUAUGGCAGUGUAUUAUAAAUAGCCUGUAUGCAUUUUUUAAUGCUACGUAAAAAAUUCACAUUGUUCCAAGAUCCAGUCAUUGUAAGGCCCUUAAAGGAAUUAAGAAAUGUAUGUGGUUGUCUUUUAUGCCAUCCUUUGUGCUUAUAAACAUCUGCAUCAUGGUGAUUAUA